UAUCCCGAAAGUAUAGAAUUAGCAGAGCUACUUAUCCAAACAGAGAAAGAACAUCGAUCCAUCCAUGGCGAGUUUUAUAAGCUGCCGGUUUCAGUUCUCAUUUGUUAGAACAUCAAAAUUCAGACCAUUCAUCUCUUGCUCCUCGGUUCAAUCCAACAACAUUAAGGUGAUAAUCAACGGAGCGGCAAAGGAAAUUGGAAGGGCGGCGGUGCUGGCGGUCACCAAAAACAGAGGCAUGGAGCUGGCCGGUGCUGUCGACACUUACCAUGUCGGAGAAGACAUCGGACUGGUAUGUGACAUGACAGAGCCCUUGGAAAUACCCAUAAUGAAUGAUCUCACUAUGGUCUUAGCUUCAAUAUCUCAGUCAAGAGAUAUGGCAGUAGUUGUCGAUUUCACCGAUUCCUCCACCGUCUAUGACAACGUCAAACAAGCAACCGCGUUUGGGAUGAAUAGUGUGGUUCAUGUGCCUCGGCUUAACUUAGAAACCGUAGCAGCAUUAUCCCAACUAUGCGAUAAGGCCAGCAUGGGUUGUAUUGUGGCACCAACUUUGUCUAUAGGCUCCAUUUUAUUACAACAAGCUGCAAUUCAAGCUUCUUUUCAAUAUAACAAUGUCGAGAUUGUCGAAUCCAGAGCAAAUUCAGCGGAUUUUCCAUCUCAAGAUGCAAUACAAAUAGCCAACAAUUUGUCUAACCUUGGCCAACUUUACAAUAAAGAAGAUAUUUCAACUGAUGUCAAGGCAAGGGGUCAAGUUCUCGGAGAAGAUGGAGUUAGGGUUCAUAGUUUAGUUCUUCCCGGUCUCCCAUCAAGCACGUCGGUACACUUCUCGGGUCCUGGAGAGGUUUAUACUAUCAAUCACGUUAUUUCUGGCGUACAAUGUCUCAUGCCGGGGCUAAUUUUGUCCAUUAGAAAAGUCGUGCGACUUAAGAAUCUUGUCUAUGGUCUAGAGAAGUUUUUGUAAUGGCAAUUUUGAUUAUAUUUAUUCUUUCAUCAACUUUAUACUCUCUUAGACUCUAAGUUAAUUAUCAUGAGAAAAUGUAUGUCUUUAAUUAUAAGAUAACUUUAAUUAUGAAUCAUGUUUUGUUUCA